GCUCCUGCUCAGUCCUCUGCGCUGUCGUCCAAGAAUGGCCGCUGCUGCAGGAAUAAACAAGCAGGGCGCCGUGGCGAUGAUGGAGCCCUGUAUCCGACACGGGAGGGGAGCUCAUGGAAACACGGUUAAGGUGCUGGAGUGUGGUGUGUGUGAGGACGUCUUCUCUCUCCAAGGGGACAAAGUCCCUCGUCUUUUGCUCUGUGGUCACACAGUGUGCCAUGAUUGUCUAACCCGGUUGCCCCUCCAUGGUAGAGCGGUCCGCUGCCCCUUCGACAGACAGGUCACUGAGCUGGGGGACUCUGGAGUCUGGGGUCUGAAGAAGAACUUUGCUCUGCUUGAACUCUUGGAGCGACUCCAGAAUGGAGCUAGCAACCAGUCGGGGAUGGCGGAGGAUGCCCUCAAAGGCAUGGGAGAAUGUAUAAUUCGUUGUGAUGAGGACGAGAGCCACACCGCCUCUAUGUACUGCACCGUGUGUGCCACCCACCUGUGUGCCGAGUGCUCCCAGCUCACACACUCCACUCGCACGCUGGCCAAACACCGUCGGGUGCCGCUGGCUGACAAGCCGCAUGAGAAGACCCUGUGCCCCCAGCACCAGGUCCACGCCAUCGAGUUCGUCUGCCUGGAGGAGGCCUGUCAGUCUGGGCCCCUCAUGUGCUGUGUGUGUAAGGAGUACGGCAAGCACCAGGGACAUAAGCAUGCUGUUCUUGAGACUGAAGCGAAUCAGAUCCGUGCCUCCAUUUUGGACAUGGCCCACUGCAUCCGCACCUUCACAGACGAAGUGUCCGAGUACUCGAGGAAGCUGGUGGGCAUCGUGCAGCAGAUAGAGGGCGGAGAGCAGAUAGUAGAGGACGGCGUUGGCAUGGCACACACUGAACAUGUCCCCGGCACAGCAGAGAGCGCGCGCUCCUGCGUCCGAGCUUACUUCGCCGACCUCCACGAGACUCUGUGUCGGCAGGAGGAGAUGGCGCUGAGCGUGGUGGACGCUCAUGUCAGGGAGAGGCUGAUCUGGCUGAGGCAGCAGCAGGAGGAUAUGACCAUCCUGCUGUCUCAGGUCUCCACGGCCUGCCUGCACUGUGAGAAAACACUUCAGCAGGAUGACUGCAGAGUUGUGCUGUCAAAGCAGGAGAUCAACUGUUUGCUGGAGACUCUUCAGAAGCAGCAGCACCAGUUCACAGAACUGGCGGAUCACAUUCAGCUGGAUGCUGGAAUCCCUGUCACCUUCACAAAGGACAAUCGGGUCCACAUUGGUCCAAAGAUGGAGAUCCGUGUGGUAACUCUCGGGCUUGAUGGAGCUGGAAAAACCACCAUUCUCUUCAAGCUGAAACAAGAUGAGUUCAUGCAACCCAUCCCAACCAUCGGUUUCAAUGUGGAGACCGUUGAAUAUAAGAACUUAAAAUUCACCAUCUGGGACGUUGGUGGAAAACACAAGCUCAGACCCCUCUGGAAACACUAUUAUCUGAACACGCAAGCGGUGGUGUUCGUGAUUGACAGCUGCCACAGGGACAGACUGAUGGAGGCUCACAGUGAGCUGGCCAAACUACUGACAGAGAAGGAGCUGAGAGAUGCCUUACUCCUCAUCUUUGCAAACAAACAGUUUGCAUGUUUGCAGGAUGUUCCUGGCGUUGUGUCUGUGGAGGAGAUGACAGAGCUGCUGAGCCUACAUAAGCUGUGCUGUGGGAGAAGCUGGCACAUCCAGGGCUGUGACGCCCGCAGUGGGAUGGGCCUCCACGAGGGGCUGGAUUGGCUCUCCAGACAGCUGGUGGCUGCUGGCGUCCUGGACGUGGCCUAAAUGUCGCCUCCCCCCUACAUUGCUGUUUUGGUCUGACUCGCCCCUAAUGACUGAACCCAGCCCCUGAGCCCCGUUCAUCUGUUCUCCCACCACUUCCAGACAUUAACUUUCAAGACGAGACUGCGGCUCUAAACCUGCCAUCCUCAUCUUUCCUUCUUUUGCACCAGUGGGGGCAAGAGAAAAGAUGUAAAUACCCUCUGUAGCUUCACUGAAUCAGGAAACUACAAAACCAUCUUAAAGUCUGUCCUACCGGUCACCCCCACCAUCUGAGAAAUAUAGUCGCUGGCUUCAAAACCUGAGAUAAGACUACAAACUCCCACCCUGCUCCGUUUCUAAGGCAGCUUACACAGUCCAACACGUUGCUUUCUUUAGCUUGUCUUUGUUCUAACCUUUUCAAAGAGGCGAGCUGUUUAUCCUGCAUCUUAUAGAUAGUUAUCUUGAGUUCAGUAAAAUGUAACAAUUGCUCCUUGUGCCCUGCCAAAGUGGAUUUUCUCUCACGUUAUUCACCAUAACCACUACUAUACAGUGACGGUAAUCUCAGCUAAGACUGCAGAGGAGUAGUCUGUGUUGUAAUUAUAGUAUAUUUCACGUACCUUUUUGUUGAUUCAGUCGACAACACAUUAGAUUAUCCUGAAAAGUCACCUUUUAGCUAAAUUCAGUAUAUUUGCAGGUAAGUGAGAUGGCACAGAAAUGUUCACUAUGGUUUAAAUGAACUCAGAGGACUUCCAGUGGCUUCAAACUGGUCAAAUGUUACGAGUUUGGCUGUUUUCUCACUUUGCCUUUAUCUAAUGUAAGCAAUAGCAGUUGAUGUUCCAUCGUUAUGUGUUAAGUUUUUUUUUUUUGAUUGUACUGUAAGAACCUAUUUAAUGCCACAGCUGGUCUUGAAAUGGCGCACCAGUACAGUUUUGGUUUGAGUACAGUGUUUUCUGUUACAUAAACUGUUUAUUGAACUUAUUUAUGAGCAACCGUUAUCUUUGAUAAGAGGCUGUUGUGAGAAAUUCAGUCUCUAUACACCGAUUCUGCCUCCGUUUUGUGUGGAGUGUCAUGCACGCAGAAUUUGUGGAAUGCACUUGUUUGCUGCCUCACUACCAGUUUUCAUUUGGAAGCAAAUUAACUAUCUGCUGUUUCUUGGUAGACUGAGUAUCAAUCUCAAUAAAAAAAAUUUAAAAAAGUGAAAAUAUUCCUAUUUAAACAAGUCCUGUUUAUCUGUCUUGAGAUGGUACACCUUUAAUUAACAGCCUUCUGUAAUAAUGUAAUGUGAAACAUUAAACCUAACACUGACACUUGUCUUGUUAUUAAAGGAACCAUAAUUUGAGUCUAAUUUAAUCUUUAUUCAUUGCUAUGUAAUGUUUAUUAAAUGUAUCUAUGUACAAAAAUACAAAUGAAAAAAAAAAAGCACGUGAAAAGCCUUCCCACAUAGUUUGUGAAAACAUUUCCAUUUGUUUUUAAAACGUAGAAGCACAAUGCGCAUUGAAAUGUUUGUUACCAGUGGACUUGAUAACGGCUUUUGUAAAUUAUUCAUAAUGUAAUGUGUGUAAAAUAAACUAAUUGACCUUA